AUGAAGAAGAUAGGUGAGAACAAGUUUACAUGGGUGAUAAAGAACUUCUCCUCGUUGCAGCAUGAAACUUUUCAUGAUUAUGCAUUUGAGAUUGAUACUGAUGUGUGCAGCUGCCGCCUUUCAGUCACUCCCCAUGGAAAGAAACCUCAUCAAUUCUUGGGUUGGCGUAUGUUGAUUGCUUACAAUCCAUCAUUGCUUCCUGGACGUACAAGACAUUUUAGUUAUCGCCUAACUUGGGUGAAAUGUUUGUUACAGAAGGACCGCACUGGUUUGAUUCGGAGACAAUGGAAUGGGGUUUUGUAUCCUUUCCUGGCUUUCCAUCACUUCGCAAAUGCUGGAACCCUAGUAAAUGAUGAAGUCAAGAUUCUUGCAGAGGUUGAUGUUCUGGAAUCUAUUGACAAGUUAUAUAUACCAAGGAAAUUCGAGAAGACAACCAUACCUCAGAGUAAGAUAGAUGAAAAGUAUGCCGCAGUUUAUAGCGUGAUCCUCGAGCAACCUUCAGCAAUAAGGGAAAGGAUCCAAGUCAAUGGAUUCCAAGUUCUUCCUUCACAAGUAGAAACUGUGUGGAGUAUCUUUGAGAGACAUCCAGACAUUGCUGUAGGGUUCCAUUCAAAGAACCAACAUCUGAGGAAAGCAUGCAUGAAUUCUCUUCUAUGCUUAAUUGAGACUCUAUGCCAAUCACUUCAAGAGCUCUCCAGUGAGGAUCUUGAGCUAGCAGACGUUGCACUGACAUAUCUGAAAGAUUCAGGAUUUAAGUUGGAUUGGUUGGAGAAGAAGCUGGACCAAGUUAAACUGAAUAAGGAGAAAGAGAUGUCUUGUUUGGCCAUCCUACAAGAAACAGAGGAAAGUUUACUAAACUUGAAGCAAAAGUGUUCAGAGCUGAGGGCAGAGUUGGCGGAGACCAAAACUCCUCUGUCAUUCGAUGAUGUUGUUUGAUGUCUUGAUGUCCUUUAACAUUUUGUGUUAUGUUGUCUUAG